CCCUGGCGCAUGCUAUUUGCGCAAUUGUGGUGCCAGCCAACGUGAGAGACGCUAACGAAACUUUUUUUUUCCUUUUCGUCUUUGGCUUGUUUCGAGACAGGUCGCCCUUUUAUCGCUCAGAUUCAGGCGCGUGUCGGACGACACCCUAUAGAAUCCUGACGCCAGAAUUGAGUCGUGAUGCACGAGCUCCUGCUGUUCGGGCAGAUUCCCGCAGCACGACAUGAACAAUUGCUCAAUAUCCUCGCGGGUCUUGCCGCCAUGCAGCCGCAGCGCGUUCUGGAGAGGCACGUGCUAUUCAAACCUACGCGUAUCCCUCAGGCCGCUGGUCCGGCGCGAGGUGGCAGUCAAGGCGUAGUGUCCCAGAAACAGAAUCAGCAAGCGGUUAGGAACGCGAAUACUGAUGUGUUUCACCUCGAGUUAGUGAAGGCCUUGUCUGAACUUGAAUUCGGUAAAGGUUCAGAAAGCAUGGAGGUGGAUGCUACGGUCACUGAGCAGGAGGGUCAUUGGGAGCUAAGGUUCAAAGACACACCACAGCCAGGCAAACGGCCAACAAUCCUGAGAUCUGCAGAAACAAUUGAAAUCAAGUCUGGAGAUCCGCAGGCGUAUGUUGAGGCUUUGGGCUACACGGUGCUUAAUCAAACGGUCGUAGAAGGCCACCGGUUUAUAUUAGACAACAUCAUUCUCUGUUUGCACCGUAUUAUGACCUUACCAACACCGAUCCAGUCCAUCAACGAUCCGCUGCCGGCAGUUUCCAGCUUGGUACCGCUUGAUAAGAGCGGAAGCUAUGUUCUGGAGGCCAAGGUACGCAUUGCAGAGAGUAACCCAAGUCUGAUCUCUAGAGCAGAACAGGAGCUGGCUGCUUUUCAGACACGAAUGCGAGGGGUGAUCGACUUGGUUGUUCCAGAGCGGUUAGCACUUGAUACACGUGCGCUGCACGUGCGGCCUCGGCUGGGUACGGCAGCUCAAGGAAAUAGCGCACAAGCUCGAGGUUGAAUAUCCGCAAGGGAACCAAAGCGAUUAACAUAAACCACCUGGAUCUACCCAUCAUAGACAUCAUGAUGUGUCUCGGUCAACGCUACGAAGGCGGGAUCAAAAGAGAUUCGAUUGAAGAGUCGAGAUAUACUAGUACGGAAAACCUUCCACACAUUCACAACUGGUUCCAAAAGAACUGAGUUAGGAACUGUGCUAGAACACCCGAUUACACACCCCAGUACUUCCUCACGUACUCUUCGACACUAGUUGUCUUGAUUUCGGGAAAGCGAUGAUUCAAAUCUGGAGCCAUUACGCUCUUGCCUUGCUCUCCUUCUGCAAACGCUAGGGUAAGCUGCAAGAAGAAUCGACCCAUGAUGUCCUCUUCACGAACGCUGUCCGCCGGGAUCUGUGCAAUCUCUUCCAAAAGAGCUUUCUUGGUGUAUUUUCUCACAAUAACUUUGCGACCGCAAACACUCUCAAUAAUAUCAAUAACUUUGCCAAUACUAAGAGUCUCACCAGCAAGAUAACUAUCCUCUGGCCAUGUUCCUUGCGGAAGCGCACACGCUGCCGCAACGAAGUGGCCGACGUCCGCUAUAGUCGUCAUGGUGAGGUCAGGAAAAGAGCCGUCUUCCUUAACAGGAAUAUCAGCUGUCAUGGCUUUCACUAUCAGUGCUCAUUAGUCAGCUCCGAUGUGAUUAUCUUAGAGCUGCAAAUUCUCUCACCAUUAAACAAGAAGCUGUGAUCCAUCCCGACUGCUUCUGCAUUCUCACAUCCGUAUCCCAAAUAGUUCAUGAAUGCGCCAUUAUAAAAGGCGGUCCAUUCAAAAUCCGGAUGCUCCCUCGCAGCAGCCUUCAAAGCCAACCGGAUUGGCAACUGUUCGAGUGCAAAAAGAUCUACUUCGGCAGUACCCAGAGGCCCAAGGCCAAAUUCUGAAGCGACAAAUCUGUUUUGGUCAAAGAUGGGAACAUGAAAUGAGGUGCUGUGCGAUAGUUACCUCUUGAUGCCAACUUUGAGCCCAGCAUCUAGCAAAUUUUUCUGGCUUACAAACCAGGUACCGUCUUUACAGAGAAGGGUGGAAAUCACCUGGAUAUAUCAGUUACAACCAACUUUGUUGAUUCUUUGAUUCAUCCGUACUGUAUGAACACCUGCCAACGCCGUAGUGCAGGAUUCGUAAGAAAGGUAGUUAACGCGUCUGACUUCCACUGGAAGUGCUUCAAGCCAAGCCGGUGUUUUAGAUGAUUCACGAGAGAGAACAACAGGUCUAAAUGUACCAGUCUCAAGCAGAGCUGUAAGAAUGGCUGCUCCAAGUUGCGAAGACCCUCCAGCAAUAGCAAUCAAAGGAAGUGACAUCUUGAGAAAUUCGAAAUGUGCAAUUCUUUGUUCCACGAGGAGCGAAUUGAUUUGCUUUAGAUUCAGCUAUUUUGAUAUCUAAAAUCUUUUUGAGAAACUG